AUGUCAGACUUCGAGGACUCGGAUUCAGAAUUUGAAAGUGUGUGGAGUGACGAGAUACUUGAUGAAGAGUCCGAUGAUGAUAUUUCAGAAUGCGAGAGCUUGUGCUUAGGUGAUGCAGAGGAGUUAGUUGAGGAGGAGGAAGAGGUGGUGGAGCCCGCAGUCACUUUUGGACGCGUUCAGAAAAUAGCAGAGGAUGGUGGAAAUUGUUUGAGGCCAGCGGAUCCAGACCAGGAAGAGAUUGAGGCGAUAGAAUACAUUCCUCCAUCAUUGGAUACCGCUCCUGACUUUGAACCUUUGCGAUCCUCAUUCAGCCCACAUGUCGCGCAACCAAAGGACCUGCCACCUACUAUCAAAAUGGAUAGUCCUUUAUCGUUCUUCAGACUCUUUGUCACCAAUGAAGAUUUCGCUACCUUUGCUGCCAAUACAAAUUUAUAUGCGGAAUCAAAGGGAGCAAGAAAAGGGCAAAAGACGACUUCCUUCGGACUACACAACUACAUAGCUUGUGUCCGCCACCGGCCGGGUAUUACAAGUACUAGUGCCAAAAUAUUCGACUCGGGAUACGAACGAACUGAGCAGGAGCCGGAGUACGGCGGAAUGUAG